GCAGCCAUGCAAAUCUUCGUGAAGACCCUCACGGGUAAGACUAUCACCCUCGAGGUGGAGUCUUCGGACACCAUCGAGAAUGUGAAGGCCAAGAUUCAGGACAAGGAGGGUAUUCCCCCUGAUCAGCAGCGUCUGAUUUUCGCUGGCAAGCAGCUGGAGGACGGCCGCACACUGGCCGAUUACAACAUCCAGAAGGGUGAGCAGACGUAG